AUGGCUGUUAGGGUGAUCCAAGGGAAGAAUAUUGAUGAAAUGCUUCAACGAUUCAGGGAGGUUCAGCAUCCCAACAUUCUCUCUUUGAGGGGCUGCUUCGUGGAUGGGGGACUACUCUUUACGCUUCACGAUGAUAUUUCGGUCUCUUUGGAACAUAUAGUUGCCUGCGAGGCCUAUCUAGACGAAGUCGAGUUCGCAGCAAUUCUCGCUCAGGAGAAGUUAAAAUCGGUAGGGAGAAUCCUCAUCCGUUUGAAUCAACUGCUGACUGGUCUCGUAGCUUGCCUAGAAGAUUGUGUGCCACUGCAGGAGGCCCAUAAUCCUCAGUACUGCAAGCCAUUGGGGGUAAUCACUAUGGAGCUGAUGCAGAAAUAUGAAAAGGAGGGCAAUAAGACCGGCGUCGAUGAUAUUGAAUGA